CCCCGCCCCCUGCUCUGCUUCCGGUUGGCACUACUUCCGGUUUCUAUAGCGGUGGGUUUAGAGAACAGAAGAGGGUCUUCAGUGGUCGCUCUUGCUUCUUACCAUGGGGAAAUCCGAUUUCCUCACCCCCAAGGCCAUCGCUAACAGGAUCAAAUCCAAGGGGCUCCAGAAGCUGCGAUGGUAUUGCCAGAUGUGCCAGAAGCAGUGCCGGGAUGAGAAUGGUUUUAAGUGCCAUUGCAUGUCAGAGUCUCAUCAGAGACAACUCCUUCUGGCUUCAGAAGAUCCUCAGCAAUUUAUGGAUUAUUUUUCAGAGGAGUUCCGAAAUGACUUUUUAGAACUGCUCAGAAGACGAUUUGGCACAAAGAGAGUCCACAACAACAUUGUAUAUAACGAGUAUAUCAGUCAUCGAGAGCAUAUCCAUAUGAAUGCUACCCAGUGGGAAACGCUAACUGAUUUUACCAAGUGGUUAGGCAGAGAAGGUUUAUGCAAAGUGGAUGAGACACCCAAAGGUUGGUAUAUUCAGUACAUUGAUAGAGAUCCAGAAACUAUUCGUCGACAACAAGAACAGGAGAAAAAAAAGAAGCAGGACCUUGAUGAUGAAGAAAAAACUGCAAAAUUUAUUGAAGAACAAGUAAGAAGAGGUUUAGAAGGAAAAGAACAGGAAUGUCCAGUUUUCACUGAAUUAAGCAGGGAAAAUGAUGAAGAGAAAGUUGCAUUCAAUUUGAAUAAAGGCGCAAGUACUUCAGGAGCUUCUUCAAAAUCAAGUUCUCUAGGUCCUAGUGCAUUGAACAUGGUGGGGACUGCAGCAUCAGUGAAACGGAAAGAAUCAUCCCACAGUUCAUCUCAGUCAAAAGAAAAGAAGAAAAAGAAAUCUGCACUUGAUGAAAUAAUGGAGCUUGAAGAACAAAAGAAAAAAAGUGCUCGAACAGAUUAUUGGCUGCACCCUGAAAUUAUUGUGAAAAUUAUAACCAAAAAACUUGGAGAAAAAUAUCAUAAGAAAAAGGGAGUAGUCCAGGAAGUAAUUGACAAAUAUACAGCAGUGGUAAAGAUGAUCGAUUCUGGAGAUAAGCUAAAACUUGACCAGACUCAUUUAGAGACAGUAAUACCAGCACCAGGGAAAAGAGUUUUGGUUUUGAAUGGAGGCUACAGGGGAAAUGAAGCAACCUUAGAAUCUAUCAAUGAGAAAACUUUUUCUGCCACUGUCAUGAUUGAAACCGGCCCUCUAAAGGGACGCAGAGUUGAAGGUAUUCAAUAUGAGGAUAUCUCUAAACUUGCCUGAGGAUGGAAACUGGUAAAAAGCCCUUUAAAAUUUCAAAGCAUCAAAUUGGUGUUCUCUAGAACAAUAUAUGACUCUACCAUGUUAGGGUGCUUCUUUUGUAUAAGACAAAAGAAUCUACUUAAAUACUGCUGUAUAUCUUAAACAUAUUUGGAAUUCAUUCAGAUUUAUUAAUAUCUUCAGUUGUAUAAUUUUUGAAUUUUGUCUUUGUUUUUAUUUCCUUUUGUAAUAUGCCUUGGAAUGUUGUACCUUUUAUUAAAAGAAUGAUAUUCUAAAA